AUGUCCUUUGGCCAGCUGAAGUUCAAGGAGCUGGGUGAGGAGGAGCCCACCUGGGAGGAGGAGAGCCUGGCCAGCGUCAAGGCUCUGACGGCCAAGCUGAAGCUGCAGACACGGACACCUUCCUACCUGGAGUGGGAAGCCCGGGUGCGGGGGCAGCCCUGGUGCAGCCGAACCCCCGGGGGGCCACAGGGGGUACAGCAGGGUCCUGGGCACCCCGAGGACAAGUGGGAUGGUGGUAUCUGCGGCUUUGCCACCAUGGAGGAGGCUCUGGAGUGGCUCAGGACGGAGCUGCGGGAGAUGCAGGCUGUGGACCAGCGCCUGGCGCAGCAGCUGAUGUGCCUGCGGGCGCAGCUGCACCGGCUGAAGGUGUAGCAGCCUUGUCACCAGCACAAGGAGAUGCUGGACGACGCUACCUUCGGCCUCGAGGGAUGUGAGGAAGACUCCGACCUGCUCUGCAACAUCCCGCCCAAGGCUGCCUUCCUGCUCUCCACCCCGCUCAAGCACAUCGGAGUCACCCGCAUGAACAUCAACUCCCGGCGGUUUUCCCUCUGCUGA